CCGCGGCAAGGGCUGUGCGCGAGACACGGGCACCCGGGCAGGCGGUGGCGCGAGCCUCCCCCACUCCCUGCUCGCACGCGCCGGCUGGGUCUCUGCUGCACAGCCAGGAGCCGGAGCAAGCCAGCAGCCCAGCGCCUGGGGAAGAUGGAAGGAGCCUCCUUUGGAGCGGGCAGGGCAGGGGGGGCCGUUGACCCUGUGGAUUUCCUCAAGCAGCCUCAGACCAUUCUCAGGAUAGUGUCCUGGGUCUUCUCCAUCGUGGUGUUCGGCUCCAUCGUCAACGAGGGCUACGUCAAUGAUAGCAAGGAUGCGGAACUCAGGUGCAUCUUCAAACAGAAUGAGGAUGCCUGCAACUAUGGCAUCGCCAUCGGCAUCAUUGCCUUCUUCGCCUGCAUCUUCUUCUUCAUCGUCGACCUCUACUUCCAGCAGAUCAGCAGCGUGAAGGACCGGAAACGGGUUGUCCUGCUGGACCUGGGGUUUUCAGGUUUGUGGUCCUUCCUGUGGUUCAUAGCUUUCUGCUUCCUGGCCAACCAGUGGCAGCACACAACAGUCAGCAAAGAGGUGUCUCAAGGAGCAGAUGCCGCCCGGGCAGCCAUCGCCUUCUCAUUCUUCUCCAUCCUCUCCUGGGUUGCCCUGACGGUGAUGGCCAUGCAGAGAUACCACCUGGGGACUGACAUGUCUCUCUUUGCCACGGAUCAGUUUGCCACUGACCCCAAUACAGGAUACCCAGGAUACCCCACUGGCAGCGGCAUUGAAAGCACGGAAACCUAUCAGAGCCCACCAUUUUCUGAGACCUUAGACACCAGUCCAAAAGGUUACCAGGUGCCAACUUACUAAAGGACGGCGGGCUCAGCACGGUCAUGUAAAAA